ACGCUAUCCAUGAUGAGUCACGUUUAGGGAAGAGAAGUCACGCGAAAGUGUUGAUGCAACACAAAACCCAACGUGCGUCCCUCGGCACACAGUAGCCAUGACGUUGAAAGCGUUGGUCGGUACUGUUAAGGAUCUAUGGCGCAUGCGCUCAAUGCCUGCCCAAGUGCGACCGAAGGACACGCGGUCCGUCAUCACCGACAUCAUCGGCGAGGAAAGCCAGAAGGGAAAGGUACUGAACGCUGGGCCGAUUCUCGCGCUCAUGGACGUGGUAGCAGGAGCCAUUUCGUAUCGCCUGUCGAUGGGGGCAGCAGCGACGAUUUCGUUCGACCGUGUGGACUUGGUUAAACCGGUUUUCCAUGGAGACCACGUUCGGUUGGAAGGAGAAGUUAUCGGGCUUGGGAAAUCUUCCAUGGCCGUGCAAGUGAGAGUCUUCCGUCAUGAUCUAAAGACUGAUACCCUUCAGCACACUCACGACGCGAUCAUCACGAUGGUGGCUAUCAAUCGCUUCGGACGACCAAGGGAGUGUCUACCGGACCUGUUCGACCCGGAUAAUGCUGAUCACUGCUUGAAAAUGAGCGAACUGGCAAAGCAGCGUAAGGAUCUCUCCUCUCUAUGGAGACACGAACAGGAUGCAGUGAAUGCACUGCCGUUCAUCAAGCAAUCAGACUUGGCUACACUGCAGAGCAAAGCUGAACGCGUUGCUGUGAGCGACACGGUGGUCGAAGUCCGCAAUUGUUUCCUGCCUCGCAAUCUCAACCCGCACGACACAGUUUUUGGCGGUGAUCUACUGGUUUGGAUGGAUAAAAUCGCUUUGCAUUGUGCGCAAAAGUUCACCAGAUCCGAGAAAAUGGUGACCAUCGCGAUGAACAGGGUACUGUUCAAGUUGCCGAUCUUGAUGCUCGACAUGGUUCGGAUGCGAGCUCGCGUAGUUCACGUCGAGUACGUUUACAUCGGAAUUUCACGAUAAGCUAUCGGAUACUUUAUCAUGCUAUGCAGUCAUUUCCAUCUAGAAGUUGAAGUGGAGGUGUUUAUCCACUCCAUUAUAAGUGGCGGGGAACGCAAGUCACACAGCGGCUACUUCACGGUGCUGAAUCUCGACGACAACAACAAGUUCAAGCCGAUUGAAAAAGGUCUCAAAAUUGACGAGACCAACCAAGAAGAGAUGCGGAUCCACAUGAAGGCCCAGAAGCGACGUAACUUCGAGGGAGAAGAUACAAACCUGCUCGCGUUGAAGACUCGAAUUCUCUCUGGUGAGUUUGCAGCAGAUCAACACAAACAUCAGUGAUGCGUGCGUGAAUCACGUUUCGCACAACGAGACGAAGAGAAAACGUCCGUCUACAACGCUCUCCUUACCAUGUCUAAUGCUACUUCGUUAUGCUGAAACGCAUUCAUUAAACCAUACUGAUGCUACGUAAGACUGCUGGUUAUUAACCAGUGCAUUGGUUAAACCGGGGACACCUUCUCUGA